UAUUACUUCUCUCUUUAGACCACUCGCACUAUUCUACUCGACGCAAACAAAUGCACACGCCGAGCCCAGCCAACAUCUUUACCUGCACUUUCUGCUUCCACCUCUCCCACGGUCCGCCUACUGUUGUCGGCCGAUCCGCCCGUCUUGCUUGUCCUCAGUGCUACGCCGCGCUUCUCGACCUCUCCAUCUGCUAGGUGUGCGGGGAGCUCAUAUUCCGCGGGGACGAGUGCGUCAGCUUCGGGUGGUGUUUCUGGCACCGCGCGUGUUACGGGUGCCUCCUGUGCGGCAGCCGAACUGUGUGUCGGGGCGUCCCUGUGCAGGCUCUGUUUAGAGACAAUGGACGAGACGGGGCCGGGGGUGGCGUGGAGGUCAUGGAAGCGCCGCUGUGUGCUGCGUGCGUGGUGGAGAUGGAGUUGGAUGGGGUCAGGGACGAGUCAGUGGUUGUGCAGAGGGGGCUGAGGAGGGUGGACAAGGUCGACGCAGGGCUGACGAGGAGGAGAUGGGAGGCCAAGGAGGGGAGAGGCAUGGGACAUGCACAUGCGAGGAGACCGCCAAAGGCAAGCGCUCGCGACUCAUCCCUCCGUGGCGGCGAUGGGGCAGAGAGCGAGAUCCGCAGCAUCAGCGAUGCGCCGGCCGAUUGUCUCACUCCCCUUGAGUCGGUCAUUUGGGUCGACCUCUUUGAUCCCAUCAACGGCCAGUCGUUUAAGCCCAGCCCAUUAAAGCCAAUUCCCUUGUUCAUGCAGAGACCCCGGGCUUCUAUCAUCGAGUCUCAGUACCAGCCAUCCGCUGAUGUUGGACACCUCCAGAAGCCGCCCUUGAAGAAUCCAGUGUCUGGGACGUCCACUGUUUGCCCAACACCACCGGCUUCAACUGAUUGGACCUCUAGACCUACAACCCCUCGCCCUUUGGCCUCUAGACCUUCUACACCGCACGCUUCGGCUGCCCGCCCCCCUACACCGUUGCGGGCACACAUAUCCACAUCGUCGCGGGAGUCAUCGCAGGAAUACUUUGGCGAUAUCGGACCACUUGACCUUGGAAGGAAACCGACAUUUGCUGUGGUCAGAGAGGAGCCCCUGAAACGACCCUCAUCACGGCUUGCAGCUUCACGACGACGUUCAGAUGCACAUUCUUCGGUAUAUCAAACACCGCCCGAGUAUCCUGAGCCGCUGUCUAAUCCUUCAUACCCACGCCCGCUAUCUGUCUUUCGGCCUAUUAGUCCUUUGCCCUCGCAGCUAACGUCACACCCUCAUCGAGUCGUCCACACGGCACCUCGUCAAUCAUCGGAGUAUCUGGAACGGUACCGGCCAAUCAUGACGCCGGGAAUACGACGGCCACCAGCUUUGACCGAGCCUACUAACAGAAUGAGAAUACGGAAGAGUUUGGAACAUGAGUUAGAAGAAGGAACGAUCGGGGAAGAAGUGGAGGACGAUGCUAGUGGCAGCGCGGACGAUGGGAGAGGCUGGGGCAAAGUGAGAGUUGUUGGGGCUGAGUUGAGGCGAUUCUUUGCUGGACGGUGAGGUUGCGAUGAGUUAUACCUAGAUGGUACGAAUGCGAGGGAGACUUUGUCAUUAGUUACUAGAUCAAUACGAAAUCCUAGAAUACGUUUAUUCUCUAGAGAUGAAGCUCUUGUCAUGUACGUAGCUCUCAGGCAG